UUUUAGUUCGUUGCAAGGAAAACUAAAAAAAUUCCGAACAAUAUAAAUUGAAUCUUUAAUUUGUUUUUAACAAGGCCUAUGCAUUAUUUGAAGUGAAACACUUUAAGACCCAGGUGUAAUAUUAUUUUCUUGGAAAAUCACCCAACAACCAACGAUUUCGGUCAAUCAUUCGGCGCCGCUUCGCCCAAUAACUCAGAGGCCUAGUGCCUGACAACACCUCUAGUUGUUUCAAUGUGUCAGUGAUGAAAAGUAGGUAGUUGAAAAAAGAAAGAUGGUGGUGCAACCUAUAAAAACACGCCUGUCAUGCUGUGAUUUUACAAGGUUAAAAAAUCCCAAAGCAGGAAAAGGACAGGCCUAUAUUCCUACAGAUUAUGAACACAUUGCUAACAUUGUUACACAUGGGAUGAUGAUCAUACCUAGUAUGUUUGGUACAUGGUGGAUGGUAUGUAUAGCAAAGACAAAGCUACAGACAUUUAUAGCAUGGAUAUUUGGAUUUGCAUUGAUAUCAUUGUUUACUACAUCUAGUCUGUUUCAUCUGUUCGCAUUUAUGGGAGAGUGCAAAACACUGAAAUAUAUAUUUCAUAUAGGAGAUAGAGCAGUUAUUUAUUUAUUUAUUGCAUCAUCAUAUACGCCGUGGUUAACAUUAAGAGAAUUUAAUGGUAUUGGAGAUGAAGUAUUAAGUAUUGUAUGGACAAUGGCAGUUGUUGGAAUACUCUAUCAAUAUAUCUUUCAUGAAAAAUAUAAGAUACUUGAAUUAUUGCUGUAUUUAAUAAUUGGUGUCUGUCCUGCUAUUGUUGUCUGUUUACAAAGGCAAGCAGCUGGUAUGUUCGAAUUAGCCUUAGGAGGAGCUACUUAUAUAUUAGGUGUGGUUUUCUUCAAAAUGGACGGUCGUAUGCCAUUUGCACAUGCCAUUUGGCAUUGUUUUGUUGCUGGUGGUGCCCUUUGGCAUUACUAUGCUAUUUGUACUCACCUGUUAGGCCAUGACCAUGAUGAACUUGCUAUGCAUUUAUGAUGAAGGUUAUUUUUAGAUAUAUAUUUAUUUAUUUAAUGCUAUGCCGGUUUGUACAUUGUAUCUCUCAAUCAUAAGGGUGAUUUGUACUUCGUUUGUGACAUCACACAUGACAAAAAACAAUAUUCAAGAUUUUUUCCAUUAUUGCAGUUCAAUUUUUUUUUAUCUUGCAUUUACAUGGUUAAACAUGGAACCUAGUUCUUUCGUAUUGUUAUAACAAUCAAAAUCAGUAAUAAAAGUAUCAUUAAAAUAAUAACUUAUACAGAAAAAGAAACUUUAAAAUGUCAGAUAACACAUUGUAUGAAUUUCUAGUAGAAUUAUAAUUAGAGAUUCCUAUCCUUGUAUUCUUUAUUUGGGGCUCCUUUAAGGUAAUCCAGCUAAAUUAUAAGGUCACAUUUAAGAUUUGUUUCCUACCUGGUCACAUUUAGCAUAUCCAUUUCAACAGUAUUUAAUGGCAAGAAUAGCAUGACAAUGUCACAGAUGAAGCAUAAUUUCACAAUAAUAGUUUUUAUAGAUCUACUAGUUUAUUUGUAUAUUGUUUGUGAGGUGUUUUUAUAGAUCUACUAGUUUAUUUGUAUAUUGUUUGUGAGUUUUUUUUAUCAUGACCAGAGUAUUGUUAGAUAGGAAAAGGAUUGUUGAAGCUCGUCUUUGUACUCUUUCCUUUUUAGUGAUAUUUGUGUUGCCAGUAUUAGUAUAUUUGCUUACCUGGUAUAGAGGAUCACUAGAGCAAAUGAUUAUAGUUUGUGUAACAUUACAUUUCAAUGAAUAUAACAAUGAUGAUGCAUACUUUCUUCCUGGACAUGCUUAGAAAAAUUCAAAAAACCCAUAUUAGCUGAAUUGAUUUUGAAAAUUAAAACAUGAAAAUUAACCCUUCAAUGAUAAAUAUGAUUUAGAGCCUAAUCUCCAAAGCUGUUUAGAGCUUGAUCUCAAUACAGUUAUUUAGACCAAGAUCUCAAUAAAGCAGUUAAGGGCUUGAACUCUGUAUAGCUAUUGCAAGAUCUCCAUUCAAAUUUUUAGAGCUUGAUCUCAAUACAACUUUUAAGAGCUUUAACUCCAUAUAGCUAUUUAGACCAAGAUCUCCAUAUAGCUGCUCAGAGCUUGUCCUCCAUAAAGAUAUUGCAAGAUCUCCAUACAGGUGCUCAGAGCUUGAACUCCACAAAGAUAUAACAAGAUCUCUAUGCAACUUUUAAAAGUAUGAUCUCCAUACAGAUAUUUACACUUUAAUACCCAUACAGUAUACAUUGUUACUAGGUAAGCAACUAUAGAUUCAAAUAAGCCUCUGGUUUGAAAACGUUCAGAGUAAAUGAACACAUUUCAGAAUAGGUUUUGCUGUGAUAUGUUUAGCUUUUUUUUACUGUUUGUUGUAAUAUCUAUUAUCUGUACCAUGACUGAAAAAUGGUUUAAGUGCUACUAGUAGUUUAAAUCCUGUCAGAUCUAGAUAAUAAAGGCAAAGGAUAUUAUGCAUUGACCAAUAAAUAUUGGAUUGCAAGUGUUUAAACUAAAAAA